CACACCUCGCAUCCGUGCGUGUGCACAACGUCCAUCCAUGGCUGGCUUUCUCUUCGGAUCUCAACAAAGUCGUCUUAUCGACUACAUCAUCGUUGUCGGUUGCAAGCCUACCGCAGCGACACGCAAGAAAAACUUUGUCCAAAAUCCGAAGCUCCUGCAACGAUUCCCGCUCACGGACCACGAAGACUUUCCUCUGCCAUCUGACGUCGUCUUUUUCUGUCAACCGGACGGGUGUCUGUGCAGUUUUGACGAAGAGAGAACGCAAGAGAGCGACGGAGAACUCUCACUCACCUUUCCCUUCACUCUGACCGAGAAAGAGACGAAUGUAAGGCGUCACGGUGUUUGUUUGAACUUUUUCCGACGGUGCAGUGUUAGUUUGAGUGGAGAUAUCGACGGCAAGGAGGACGGAUCGUCACUCAUUUCCAUCUAUACUCUGACGUCUGUGUGUCUAUUGUCUCAUCAUCCCUUUUUUGUGCCUUUCUCCGAGUGUGUGUCCACACUGCGUCGAUUGGUUGAGGAAAUUCCACGAACAUGUGCAUGUUUUGAUGGUGAGGGUGAUGUUCCAUGUAGCGAGUGGGAUGAUUUUCUAUCCGAUGGAGAGAAGUCUUUGAAGUCGAGAGAGUUGGAGGGAUGGAUUGGACGGCUGCUAAAGAGCCCUGUGCCGGAACCUGGGCGGAUGAGACUGGAAAUUGAAUUGGCUGUCCAGCCUGCUCUUACUUUGGCGUAUCCGGAUGCUACACGGUUGUUUCUCGUUGACUUUCCUGUAUACCUGCCUCUCGAGUUGCUCGGUGUCGAUCUCACACUCAAAGUGCUGACUGCAAUCAUGCUGGAACACAAGGUUGUGUUGAUGUCGGUCGAUUACCAAAGUGUGGCGAUGUGUGUGAUGGCAUUUCUUGUGUAUAUGUGUCCACUGGAGUAUGUCUACACAGUCAUUCCAUUGCUACCAACGUCGAUGCCGUUGGCUGAUGCUUUAAUGCAAAGUCCGGCUCCAUUUGUUAUCGGUGUCCCUGCUAGUUUCUUCCACUUGCAACGCAAAGUCACUCAACCAAAUGAUGUGUGGCUUGUUGACUUGGACAAUCAAACAAUCAAAGAGCCACAAGUCAAUGUGUCUCUUCCAGACUUUCCUGAGGCAGAAGUAAAAUCGCUAAAAGCAAAACUUGAGAAGGCAUUAGAGAGUUUGGACAGCUUACCUAUUGAUCAUCUCGUUGCAUCAAACAAUCACAACCCAUCAUAUGAUGAUGACAUUGAUAGUGGCUGUGAUCCAAUGGCCAUUGACAUUGCCGUUCGAGUGGCGUUUAUUCAGUUCAUGCUUUCUCCUGGAUUGCUGGGCAGUUUGAGGCCUUACCUUCGCUGUCUACGACUGUUUCCCAAGCCUGUUGUAGCACAGCAGAAAAUCUUUUUUCUGCGGAUGUUAGUAAGGGAACAGGGGAAGCAAGGAAUUUCAUUUUUAAAACAACUGGUUUCAGCACAAAGUACUGAUUGUUUUGGUGAAUGGUUUUAUCUAUGCUCUUCAAACUGUGCCAUUUUGAGAAUAAUGCAAGACAGGAUAACGACACCACAACUGAUUGGUGAUAAACCUAAAUACUACUUUGAUGAUCUUAUCUCACUACCAUUCAGUGUUUUUGAAUCUUCGUCUCCACUGGGGGAAGCAAUGUUGGAGCUCAAAGCCAAACACCCUCAUCAAGAAAGUGGUUCAUCGGUGACCAAUAGCAGCAGCUCUAUGUCAUCAGUGUCGUCACUUUAUCAGGCACAUUUUAGUUGGUAUCAUGUUGGAUCCGAGUCAGGAAGCCGUCCUCCAUCAGAUGUGUUGUCGUUAUCGACUCUCGACAGGCAGACAUUGCCAAGGUACGUUUCAAUGGAUGAAGAAUCUAAUGAUUACGAAAAUGACGAUUCGUUUAUGAAACGAAGCUCAAUUCCUAAUGGUCACAUAGAAAAGCAGGAAUUGUGUGAUUUUAAUGAACGCGAUGGAAGCGUGUCGAGUGACAGCUUUCCAUCUGCGACGAAGGCAUCACCGUUGCGUGGUGUAAACCCUGCCUUUCUACGAUUAACACGCAUCAGUCUGCUCUCAGAUAGUACCUAUCCAGGCAGUGAGAUGGAUGGUUAUAGCUUGGAUCUGACGAGAGGAGGAGAGAAGCAUGAAGACACGGCAAUGCAGAUGUCAAACGAUAAAAUAAUGGAGGGAAGGGAUAUCUGUCAAGAUGGAAUACGAGAGAUGCCUCGUAUCAGUGUCUCAGACAUGAGCAACACAAAUGGUCACCUGGAGAGUGUCAGCAACCAAAACGAGGUGUUUGAAUCAAUUUCAAUCAAUCAGCCAACACAUGGACUAUGUAGUCUUGACUGUAACUCGGUGGUUAGUGUUUGUGCAGAUACGAUGCCAUCCACUGAUCACACGUGUCGUACAUUGCUAAUGGUUGAUGGUGUAGACAAACGAAUUCCAUCUGACCCCGGUCCGUCUCCUGACUCUCCUCUCUGGCAAGAUGAAAUUUCAGACGAACGGAGACGACAGCGAGCCGUCAGUGAUCCCAGUGUUUUUUCAAAGUCUUUGGACAUAAGCAGUGAUGAGGUUGUGUCACCAGAUGUUCGUACUACGUCACGUUCACCGACUCCCUUGUCUAGACUUGAUCGCCUAAAAAGUCAGUCAGUGGACUAUGGUGUUAGAUCUAGAACAUUGUCUGUUUAUCCACAUCGUCGGAUCAGCGAGCCAGUAAAUUCAAUACCUUCAAGCAAUCAGCUGCAGUCGUCUGUGAUUAUUCAUACUGAUUGGGAGAACAUUAUGUCAUCCAACAGUGAUUAUCAGCUUUCUAGUUAUCAUGUGAUUCAUAGAGCAACAUCAACGUCGCCGGAGGUAGUAAGGGUUGACAGUGGACGUCGGUAUUCCUCUUGUUCUUCGUCAGGAAGUAACAUUGCAGAGAAAUAUAUCGUUCAAGCAUUGAGUAGGAGCUUUGCAAGAAGGGUGAAGAAUCGUUGGCAUUCGGCGUAUGGAAACGAAGUUAUGGCUCAAAUGGUGCAGAAUCAACAGCUAGCACACGGACUUGAUAUAGAGUGGGAUGGUGCUCCUUUGCAGCUGGAUGAUCGGAGGCGAACAUUGCCAGUUACAAAGUCACUUGCUAGAGGUGAUAGUCCGGUAGUAGUGGAGAGUGAAGAUCAACGGGAGGCACAGAAAUUUGUUAACACUAUGGUUCACGGUGCUCUCAAAGGUUCUGGAAUUGGAUAUUUUAGCAAAUUGAAGCUUGAAAAAGUACUCGUUGAUGAGCAACUACGAUAUCAAGUUUGCUCUCAGAUUUUGGAAGCAUCGAAGAGUCCACAAGGAGUCCAAGUUACUGACGUGUGGCUUGCUCCGUCAGUCUACAAAGGCGUGUUGGCUCUUAUAAAAGCAUGUAUUACGGGUCUUGGGACAGGCAUAUACACACACUGUCAAAAUGGCAUUGGGUCUGCUUUCCUUCUUCUCAAGAUUGUUUACACUCACUUCACAGGUAAAGAAGAGAGGAGGAAGAGCAAAAGUAAGGCAGAAAUUGAAAUAGAGAAAACACUCAAGAAGAAUGAACGAAGUGAAAGAAAGCGACGUUCUCUAAAGUAUUCGGUCUCACUACCAGAAACCAAUGCGCCUGUUAUGAUUGAGUUUAGUGAUGUUGACAGUGAAGUGACAUUUCAGGACAACAAAAUGUCAACUACAGCAUCAGACUUAAGUGAUUCUGGUGAUGGUGGAGCUUUGAGCAACAAGGACAAUGAAAGAUUAGAAAGGCUGUCAGUUCCAAAUUGUAACACUCUUGGACGAUCUAUGACAAUGCCAUUGAGACGGUCGAGCUCGUGUAGAUCUCCCAAAAUCUUUCUUGGUUCUGCUUUACAUUUGAAGGACGAUAAGUUUGCCAUGAGUGAGGAGAUUAGUAAGUCUGCAGAAUACAUUUGGAGAUCAACAGACAGUGGAGAUGACCCGUCGUUAGACACCCAGAGUAUUACAUCAGAUGGCUCUGAUGACACUCAAGUGAAUAAGAGAAUUAGACGGCGUUCCAGAAGGCAAGGUGGAUCAGAGCAGUAUAUGUAUAAAGAACUGUUGGGCAAGUCGAGAGUGAAACUGUGGGAUAGUGGAGAGUUUUGGUCGGCAUUGUUCUUGGAUGCUGUAGCUGCUGAACGGGCAGCAGUUGCUCUAUCAGAGAAACCGUUACAGUUGACUGAAAGGUACAGUUCAGCAUCUUAUCAAGACCAGAAGGCAAUGGAAACAGAAGAGGAUGAUAUUCUUGGUGCUAUUCUUUACAACAUGGCUGCAUUCAUGCUUGCUCUAGGUGUUUCACACGAUGAAAUUAGAAAGAAAACUAAUCGAUUACUUGGCCAGUCUCAUCUUGGUCUUGAUCACACAAAGAUUAUCUACGAUUUGUUGGACAACAUGAAAACCCUUGAGGGGAACAAUGUGGAGAUGCUGCCUAUGUGUAGUAGAAUGCAGUGUCAUAAGGAGUUUAUGGUCCAUAUUGGAUCGACGUUUACAGCACCUACUGCAAUUUUGGUAGUUGCCGACCGUUACCUCCUUCUAAAGAGUAUAAAACGUACUCUUCUUGAACGUCAUUGGUAUGAAGACAUAAUCAAAGUCAAUUUUCAUCCAAGCAGUGAGAGUCUAAUCAUGUGGUACCAAGGACCACAGAAAGACACACUGAAACAGAGCUUCUGCACAAGAAAUUGUCGGGAACUCUAUAUGUGCAUUCAGUCAUACCUCCACCGUGCCGCACUUGUUCGAUAUCCAGUAGUGACAGCUUUGUCAACUGAACAUCUCGACGAAUACAUUGUGAGGGACUUGAACAGUGGAGAAGACGGACAUCUAAAUGUCUCACUGGAUGGGAUUGAAUGUCAUUUUGCGACUAGAACGCUAUUGAUCCCGUUGCACAACAUCAAGGAUUGCAGCAGUGAAAGAGACGUUUUCAAGGUUGAAGAAGAUGAUGGUCAUGAAUGCAAGCUGCAUCGCUUUACUUCCGACCAGUGCUCUGCAAUAUGUCAAGCAGUUCUUAGUGUCUUUUCUCUUGUGGCUGCUCAGGAGGCUCGAAGAAGUCAAAGUCCUUGUCCUACAAACGGAUACUGAUUUUCGGAUCAGUUUGUAAUCGGCCGUCUACAAAUGACAAACAAUGUUAAUCAAUUAUUUAGUAAUAUAUCAAAAUUUAUUGUUGUGUUUUGUAAAGAUAUAAUGUGAGAUGAUUUCUAACUUGCAAUGCAAAUGAGAGGAGAUGGAAAUUAAAUAGAUUUUGUUUGUAAUACAUUACUAAUGUGGAU